AGGCGUUAUCGUUAUCUAUUUAUCAGAUGAGAUGCGCGGGCGCAAUCGCUUAUCGCGUUCCGAACUAUAAUACUGCAGUAGCGCGCCAACUAUCGGUCAGUGCACACGUGCUCUGCGCGGUGCAAAAAUACCUCGUGGCCGGUCUCCGUUUUACAUAUAAUUAAAAUGGCACGUCUACCUCACAUAACAACAGUGCUAGCUGUGGUGGCGCUAUCCUCGAGUAGCAUCGUCAAGUCACCAGCUGACGACGGGCAAAACUUCGAGCUGCUGAUACUACACAAUAAUGACAUGCACGCAAGGUUCGAGCAAACGUCGCAGCUCAGUGGCGCUUGCACCACCGCUGAUCGGGAAGCUGGGAAAUGCUAUGGCGGAUUUCCAAGAGUUGCGCAUGUAGUAAAAGAGGCAAGAAAAGCUGCCGCGUCUGGCGAAGGGCCCCCAGUACUAUACCUGAAUGCCGGUGACACAUAUACGGGAACUGCCUGGUUCACCGUCUAUAAAUGGAAGGUUGCCGCCGAGUUCCUUAACGCGUUGCAACCAGACGCUGUUUCCCUCGGAAACAAUGAAAUCGAAAAAAGUAAUAACGAACUGUCGCCACUUCUACAGAAUUUGGAGACGACAAUUCUGGCUAGUAAUGUCAUUAUUAAUUCUAAGCAAGGAAAACGAAUCAUACAGAAGUCUGUUGUGAAAGAUAUUUAUGGAGUUAAAGUCGGUAUUGUUGGUUAUCUCACUCCAGCAUCAAAUUCAGACAACAUUGAGUAUAUCGAUGAAGUAUUAGCUGUUAAUGAAGAGGUAGCAAAACUUAAGGCUGAUGGUGUUAAAAUUGUGAUUGCUCUGGGUCAUGCUGACCUAACAAAGGCUAUCGAAAUAGCAACUGAAGUCGAUGGCAUUGAUUUAGUUAUUAAUGGUCAUAACAACGUUUUCUUUACCAAUGGAUCAUCCGCUGAAGAAACUACAAUAGAAGAAACCGUUGUAGUCCAAAAGUCUUCAAAACGCGUACCUGUAGUGCAAUCAUACGCAUAUAACAAACACCUUGGAAAAAUACGCGCUAUAUUUAAUGCCAACGGAGAUAUAGCUGAUUAUGAGGUAGAUUCGAUACUGCUUGAUGAGACGGUUAAUCAGAACGCUGAAAUAUCCGGCAUUAUUCAAAGGUACAAAAGAGAUGUGUCUGCAUCGGCAUCAAUUGGUAGUACUGUUGUUUAUCUAGAUGGUAGUUCCUGUAAAAUUGAGGAAUGCAACUUCGGUAACUUAGUUGCAGAUUCCAUAGUUUACUAUUAUGCAACCAGACAUCAAAGUGAAAGAUGGACUGAUGCCCCUGUGGCAAUUAUAACUGGAGGCAGUUUAACUGGUAAUAUAAGACCAUUAGUUCGUCCCAUCACAGUUAGUAAACAAGAUUUAUUUAAUACGAUAGUAGAGUCAUCAAAUUUAGUAGUAAUUACAAUGAGCGGUGUUGUGCUGAAACAAGUCCUCGAACAUAGUGUUGAUGAAUAUAGCCUUAAUAAUCCCAAAGACAGUUUCCUUCAAUUCUCCGGCAUAAGAGUGGUGUAUGACUUAGAGCAAGGACGUGGAUCAAGAUUAUUAAGUGCUGUCGUACGCUGCUGGGAUUGUUCCAUUCCUGAAUUUUUCGCCAUUAAUGAUACAACUAAUUACAAAAUAAUAAUGCCGUCUACACUGGCAAGUGGUGGCAACGGAUUUUCAAUGCUGGCUGACUUGCCUAGUGUAGAACUUAAUUACGAUGCAAUAACAUGUACUGAAGAAUAUAUUCAAAAGAGAAGUCCUGUGUACCCGGAAGUGGCGGACCGAGUUUCUUUGGGGAAUCAUGAAUUCGACAAUGGCGUAUCCGGACUAACUCCUUUUAUAAGAAAUCUAUCAUGUCCUACGCUCGCUGCCAACCUUAUUCUUACAUCGGAACCUACCAUGGAAGCCGAAAAAAACUUGAUGAAAUCAGUUGUAUUUAAUAUAAACGGCACUAAAAUUGGCAUUAUCGGAUACCUGACGCCUGAAACUAAAACCUUAGCAAUUGGAAAUAAUGUUGAUUAUAUAGAUGAAAUAGUUGCAAUCAUAGAAGAACUAAAUAAACUUAAAAAUGAAGGCGUUCAAAUAUUUGUUGCAUUAGGACAUUCUGGAUUUCAAAAAGACUUAGAGAUAGCGGAAAAAGUGGAAGGCAUUGAUCUUGUGAUCGGUGGCCAUACGAAUACUUUUUUGUGGAACGGCAACACAAUCGAUACCGAAAUACCUCAAGGUCCAUAUCCUACGUUAGUUAAACAAAAUUCUGGAAGGCAAGUUCCGGUAGUACAGGCUUAUGCCUAUACUAAAUAUUUGGGAAAACUACACCUUUUAUUUAACUCUCGUGGAGAAAUUGUGCGAUUUGAUGGAAACCCAAUUCUUUUAGACAAUUCUAUACCGCAAGAUCCUACAGUACUGUCCAUAGUCAAUAGAUAUCGUGAAAAUAUAGCUAAAAUAUCAGAAGUAGUAGUUGGUACGGCGUCAUCAGUUUUAGAUGGCCUGUCAUGUCGCCUACAAGAAUGUAAUUUAGGUAAUUUAAUAGCUGACGCAAUGGUUGACAAAUAUGCUUUCGAAUAUAUAGGCGAUGGUUGGACAGACGCUCCUGUAGCAGUUAUACAGGGCGGAGGUAUCCGUGCGUCAAUAAGUCAUGUCGAUCAACGAUUUAAUAUCACUAAGGGUGAGCUUUACACUGUCAUGCCUUUUGCAGGCUAUCUAGUAAAAAUAACUAUAAAUGGAACAAAAAUUCUAAAAAUGCUAGAACAUUCCGUCGCUGAUUACAAUAUCAUACGCGCACCAGGUCAAUUUUUACAAGUUUCAGGUUUAAAAGUAGAGUAUGAUUUCAAAAAGCCACCUGGAGCAAGGGUUGUUAAAGUUCUAGUCCGGUGUGGAAAGUGUAAAAUACCUACUUAUGAGCCUCUGAAUAAAACCGUGGAGUAUAAUAUACUGACAAGUGGAUUCCUAGCAAAUGGAGGGGAUGGAUUCUCUUCACUUGGGAAUCACGAAUUUGACAACGGCGUUAGCGGAUUAUCUCCAUUUAUCGAAAAUUUAACUUGUCCUGUUUUAGCUGUAAAUCUUAUUUUAACUAAAGUACCUGAAUUAGAAAAUGAAGCAAAUCUAAGAAAAUCUGUCGUCUUUAAUAUUUCUGGCACGCCCAUUGGUGUAAUAGGAUAUCUAACGCCUGAAACCAAAAUGUUAGCUGUUAAAAAUAAUGUUGAAUACAUAGAUGAAAUCAUCGCACUUAGAGAAGAAGUCCAAAAACUGAAAAGUGAAGGAGUUCAUAUAAUUGUAGGUCUCGGACACUCCGGCUUUUUGAAAGAUUUAGAGAUAGCUAGAGCUGUAGAAGGCUUGAGUCUUGUGAUCGGUGGGCAUUCCAACACCUUCCUCUGGAAUGGCACCAGUCCAGAUAGUGAAAUAUCUCAAGGACCUUAUCCUACUUACGUAACUCAGGCAUCUGGGAAACAAGUGCCUGUAGUGCAAGCGUAUGCCUAUACUAAGUACCUUGGUAAACUCCACAUAGUAUUUAAUAAGAAGGGAGAGUUGCUGAGUGCUGAUGGUAUUCCUAUUUUAUUAGACAAGACAAUUCCUCAAGAUCCUGAAGUUCUAGACAUUGUGAAGAGGUAUCGAGAGCAAAUUCUUAACUAUACAGAAGAAGUUAUUGGUACAACUUCAGUUGUUUUAGAUGGUCUCAGUUGUCAACACAAAGAAUGCAAUAUGGGUAAUUUAAUAACAGACGCCAUAGUUUAUCAGUAUGUUAGUGAAUUCAAAGGUAAGAAUCAAUGGACGGAUGCACCUAUAGCAAUUAUUCAGGGCGGUGGUAUAAGAUCAUCAAUAACACUCUCCGGAAUGCCAACUACGGUAACAAAAGGUGAUUUAGUAGGCGUUUUGCCCUUUAAGGGAUUUCUUGUGAUUGUAACUAUGAGUGGUAAGAUUCUGAUUCAAAUGUUGGAACAUAGUUCACUUGGAAACCACGAAUUCGAUGAAGAAGUAAAAGGUUUAAUACCUUUCAUCAGAAACCUUACAUCCCCUAUUGUGACGGCUAAUCUCAAAGUAAACAAUGUACCUGAGCUUAUGAAUAUACCAAAUUUAUACAACUCUAUAGUAAUAAUUAAAAAUGGAGUUAAAAUAGGAAUCAUUGGAUAUUUGACACCAGAGACAAAAUUUCUUGCAGCAAAAAAUAAUGUAGAAUACGAAGACGAAAUCUUAGCGCUUAAUAGAGAAGUAAAAAAACUAAAAGACAAUGGUAUUCAAAUUUUGAUAGCUCUCGGACAUUCAGGCUAUUUGAAGGAUUUGGAAAUAGCUGAAAAAGUUGACGAUCUAGAUUUAGUAAUAGGCGGACACUCAAACACUUUCCUUGUCAACAAGAACAGCACAGAAGAAAUUCCAGAAUACCCUCAGGGGCCGUAUCCAACUUUGGUGCAACAAAAGUCGGGAAGAAAUGUUCUCGUAGUACAAGCUUAUGCAUACACAAAAUAUCUUGGAAAAUUGCAUCUAAUUUUUAACGGCAGGGGGGAAAUCGUCAAAUAUGACGGAUACCCGAUAUUAUUAAACAAAGAUAUACCGCAAGACCCAGACGUAUUAGAAAUCGUUAAGAGGUAUCAGAAGGAUGUAGACCGGAUAAACAACGAAGUUGUAGGUACUUCGCUUGUAUUUCUUGACGGAGAUUCAUGCCGACUUAGAGAAUGUAAUAUGGGCAACUUUAUCAAUGACGCUAUCAUAAAUUACACAAACAAGUAUUUUAAUAAUAUUCCACUGUACUACAUAGCGAUUACUCAGGGAGGCAGAAUUAGGACAUCAAUAAACCAUCCAGAAAAACCCUUUAAUAUCACAAGAGGUGAUUUGAUAACAAUUGUGCCAUAUUCCGAUACACUGUGUGUAUUAACAAUGAAUGGAAUAAUAUUUAGACAAGCCUUGGAACAUUCAGUGCAAGCUUGGCGACCAGUAGAUACUCCCGGCCAAUUUUUACAAUAUUCAGGCGUGGAAGUGGUAUAUGAUUUAGCCCAAAACGCAGGGUCUCGUAUAGUCAGAGCAACAGCAGUGUGCUCUAAAUGUUCAGAACCAAGCGAUCUUCAAGAUGAUUACGAGUACCAAGUGAUCACGUCCAUAUUCAUAGCAAAUGGAGGAGAUGGGUAUACUAUGUUCGAAAAACUUGCAAGAGACGUAUUGCCAUUUAACGAAGCUGAAUGUAUUUUAAAUUAUUUAUUUGAAUAUAGUCCUAUACAUCCAGUGUUAUCUGACAGAAUUAUUAUACUGAAUGAAAAUAAAGUUGCAACCAUUCCAAGUGCGCGUAUAAAUUCCGACCCAUCAAACUCUGUAACAAUUGAGUUCAAUACUAAAAUGUAUUUAUUGGUAGGUAUAUAUUGUAUAUUGUUCGUUUAAAUAUUGUAUUCAUUAAUUAAGAAAUAAACAAACUAGCUUUCUAUUCAGACAAUCAGGGUAAGUUCGCUUCCUGUUAGGUACAGUACCUAAUAAAGUUUGCAUACUUUCCAUCCGUUCGUUUUUGGCGCAGGUGUAGCGUCAACCAUGUAUCGAGAACUAGAAAUCAAAACUUAAAAUACCGAUGCUAGAUGUAUCAUCAGCCCGAUUCGAUCAUCGAUAUCCGUAUCGCGUAUAGAUCGUUCGAUGUGGGUGGUACGCAGUCAAGAUACGCGGUAUUGAUACUCCAUUCUAUUUCGCCAUACGAUACGUGAUAGGGGCUUAGUGCUAAUUUUGGGAUUUUCUGCCUACGUUUACUUAUGCGAUCGCGUAAAAGUUAACUACAAUUUAUAAGGUAUCGAAGAGCGACAAUACUGUUUUCCAGUAAUGUAACUAGAUGGCGCUCCUUCGAUACGAUAUAAAUGGUACCUAGUUAACCAUUACCAAAUCGAAUACCUAACUUAUCCGAUUUAUAUUGCAAAAAAUGUCACAAUUGGCACUCCGGACUUAUCGCGUAUCGUAUGACGUAUAAGAGCGGCGUAUCAAGACUGCGUAUCACUUGGCACUCUGUUCCAUGUCGAGUCGGUAUUUGUCCGAUCAUAAAAGAAAAGCUGACAAUUAACUAGGCAAUUUACGCAAUCACAAGAUGAUACAAAACUUAUAUGGUACCUACGACGACUAAUAUCGUUAUACGGAUAGUGAUUGAAUCGGACCAAUUAUCCUUGCAUAAUAUGAGGACGCUCCUUUACUAAUUGCACGUCCCUGACAGGUUGUAAACUGAUCUCUAUUAUUUUGUUUAUUCAGUAAUUAUUAUUGAUGGAAGGUUGACACCCUUUGGAGCUUUAGAGUAACACUACAGCUUUACACUAAAGCGCCAAAAUGUCGCCUCGCUUUACAAAGCGAGUUUCCAAGGAACAUCAAUUAGGAGUACCCAAAUACCUCGACUAACUACCUAAAAUUUUCUCGCACCUUAAUCUUGUCUAUCGCGUUAUAAUAAGAGUACCUAGGUACCUAACUAAUUAUAUAGUUGCACGCAUGUUAGCCCAACAGGUGUUUCAGACACUCUCAUGUUACAUUUAGCUAUACUUUUCCACAGGGUGCAUUCUAAAAAUAAGAAUAUUUAGACCAGAAUUUAAUCAACUAGAUAGAUUUAAUUUAGCUUAGACUUCAAAGCACAUACCAAUAUAUAUUAUAGUAAGUUUCAAGGGUAGGUACAGAGUAAACAGGAUUACGGGUGAUCUAGGGUGUUUUGCAUUUUCCAUUUUCCAUGAACAAAUUUUAAUAUAAAGUCGUUUGUACUAUUAUUUGUGUGUAAGUAUGUAUACUAAUGAUGUUAUAUAUUUUUAAUACUUAUUAAAAUUAUUACGUAUUCUACAUUCCUUUAAU